GUGGAGAGGGCAGGGGACGCUGGUGGCAGCAGUGACAUCCCUGGGCUGGGGGGGGACACGUGGUGCAGGGCCCCCUAUAACGGUGCCUUCCCCUCCCCCCACCCCCGCAGCUCGCCAUGGCCGACCAGAGCAACAUCCAGUCUGCGGCCUCCAAGAGCAUCCGCCCCUUCCGCUCGAGCGAGGAGUACCUGGAGGCCAUGAAGGAGGACCUGGCCGAGUGGUUCAACGCGCUCUAUGACCUGGACAUGGCGGCUGACACCUUCCUGGAGGCGCUGGCCACGGGCUGCGACCUCUGCCAGCACGCCAACAACGUCAACCGCGUGGCCCUCGAGUUCCAGCAGCGGCACCCCGAGGCGGCCGCCCGCAUCCCCCGCAACGAGGUCACCUUCCAGGCCAGGAACGUGGCGCCCGGCUCCUUCGUCGCCCGCGAUAACGUCUCCAACUUCAUCCGCUGGUGCCGGCAGGACCUGGGCAUCCAGGAUGUCCUCAUGUUCGAGACCAACGACUUGGUGCUGAAGAAGAACGAGAAGAACGUGGUGCUCUGCCUGCUGGAGGUGGCCAGAAGGGGCUCCAAGUUCGGCAUGCUGGCGCCCAUGCUGAUCCAGAUGGAGGAGGAGAUCGAGGAGGAGCUGCGGGACCAAACGUGCGGCGCGCUGGGAGCAGCCCGGGGCGGCCAGGCCCUGCGACCUGAGUCACCCGCGUACCCCGGCCAGGCACAGCGCGUCUCCCUGUGCGACCUGAGGAACCUGGACGAGCUGGUGCGGGAGAUCCUGGGCUGCUGUACGUGCCCAUCCCAGUUCCCCAUGGUCAAAAUCUCAGAGGGUAAAUACAAAGUGGGAGACUCCAACGCACUGAUCUUUGUUCGAGUGCUGAGGAGCCACGUAAUGGUGCGUGUCGGCGGUGGCUGGGACACACUGGAACAUUACCUGGACAAGCACGACCCGUGCCGCUGCUCCUCCCUAUCUCACCGCCUGCCCCCCGCCCGCACCCUGGCCUUCUCCCCACCAAAACCCGCUGCCGGCAGUGCCAGCCCCGCGCCCCACGCCCCCAGCCCCAGCACCCCACGCCGCUCCGACAUGACCGGCCUUGGGGACAAGCGGCCUCCAGGCUGGGGAGACGUUGGCUCCGGCAGGACGGAGCGGGGCAGCAUCCCGAAGCCUGCGCCUGGAGCCGUCCUGCCCCCCCGGGCCCCCGCCAGCCCAUCCAGGAGCCCCGCCGGAGCACUCAGGCCCCGCGACUCCACCCGCACUCGCCGCCAUUCCGGGGACAGCGACUCCUCGUCGGCCUCAUCGGUGGGACCCCCCCGGGGCCGCCGCCCGCGCUCCUCUCUGCCCGGGGGCGGGGACGCCGACGCCGACGCCUUCCAGGAGGAGCUGGAAGAGCUGGCGCGGAGGCUGCGGGCGCCGCUGCGGCUGGAGCCCGGGCAGGAACAGCAGCUGCUGGGGCGACUGGAGGAAGAGUUUUUGGCCAACACGCGGCUGAUGGAGCUGGGGGAUGGGGAGCCCUCGCCCCCCGCCCGCCCCGCGCACGGGACGUUGGAGCCCGGCAGCGGGGCGGCCGCCGACUCGGCCUACUGCUCCUCCUCGUCCUCCUCGUCCUCCCUCAACGUCCUCGGCAACAAGCACGGCGGCCCGCUCGAUGACAGCCGCCGCAAUGGGGGUCCCCCGGCCGCCCCCCACCCCCAGGAGCGCUGCGGCCGCCCCUCCAGCUCCUCGGACGAGAGCGGCUGCGUGCCGGCCUCUGGUGCCGAGUCCGACCCCGAGUGGGUGCCGGCGGCGGAAGACGAAGGGCCGGAGACGGCGGCGGUGCCUGGGGUCCCCGCGUCCCCCGCCCUGCGGCCCCGUGCCCGGCCCCGGCUGGACGCGCAGCCCGGCAGGAAGCCCACCCGCAUCCCCGCGCCCCGGCCAACCCCCGGCCCCCAGCCCUGGCGGGCGCUGCACCACGUCCUGGCCUCGCUGCUGGAGCCCGGCCGGGCACCACAGGAGGACGAGGGGCUGCAGGAGGACGCCUGGCCGUGAGAGGGACGGGGCGGUGGCUGCAGCCCCCGGCGUGGGAUGUGUGGGCGGCGGGAUCGGUCCUCGGGGAGGUGGCAGCCGCUGAGCCUCGGUGGCCGUGGGAACGGGCGCUGUCACCGCGGGGCUGGUGGGGGCCGAUCCAUCCCAGGGGACGGCCUUGGAGUGAUCGCAGUGGCGGUGGAAGCGGUGUCAGGCCGUCAGGAACGGGUCUGGGAGCAGCCAGCUCUGCUCAGCUCCUUCUCCGCUCGUCACCUUUUUCCUCCUCCUCCUUCCUGCUCCGCUCGCCUUCCAGUCCCCCUCCUCUCCUCUUCCCCAUCUCCCCGCAUCUGACAACACCUGGGGGCACACAGCUCCUCACCGUGACCUGUACCCAGGGGGUGUCCCCUGUUCCUCUGCAGCAUCCCCCAGCACGGGCUGCCCUGCAGCCCCCGGUGCCAGCAAAGCCCAGCAGAGCUGAGCCCGCCUGCGCAUGGAGAUCUGUCCACGGAGCCUGGGCAGCAGCUGCAGGUGCUGGGGAUGGGGCCUGCCCCUGGGCCAUCGGGGUUCCUGUGAAGCAUCCCAGGUGGGGAUCCUGCAUCCCCAGGGCGGUGCCCGUGGCUCAGGGUUGCCUGGGAGCACUUCCCCCUUGUCCUAUCCCGGGUCCUUCCCAGCGCGUUGUGGGGCCCACAGGGAUCGAGCUCUUCUCCUCCCUGCGGGGUUCCCAUGAGGAAAGCGGCAGCAGCACGGCAGCUGGGGAUGCCGGUGGUAUGCUGGGCUCCAUCGGAAGAGGGGUGGCCAGCAGGACCAGCAGGGGAUGGUCCCUCUCUGCUCUGCCCUCGUGAGGCCCCAUCUGGAGCACUGUGUCCAGGUCUGGGGCCCCCAGUACAGGAGAGAUGUGGAGCUGCUGGAGA